UGUGUGCUCAAUAAUCAGAAAUGGAGGAGAAGAACUGCUUUCCCUGUGACGAGCCGAUCAUCGACAAAGCUCCACCUUGCCCGCUGCAGUGCCACUCACCUAAAUGCAAGGCGUAUAUGAGCAGGGCCCCAGUAGACACCUCAAAGAAGCCCAUCGUAUGGAUCCUGGGCGGUCCCGGCUCGGGAAAGGGCACGCAAUGCGAGAAGAUCAUCGCCAAGUACGGGUUCACGCACCUGUCCACCGGCGACCUGCUGCGUGCAGAGGUCAAGAGCGGCUCCGACCGCGCCAAGUGCCUUACCUCCGUCAUGGAGCGGGGUGAGCUGGUCCCCAACGACGUGGUGCUGGAGCUGCUGAAGGAAGCGAUCAUCGCGCACGCGGAGCAGGCCAAGGGCUUCCUGGUGGACGGCUACCCGCGCGAGAAGUCGCAGGGCAUCGCCUUCGAGAAGACCAUCGCGCCAGUUACGGUGAUAAUCUACUUCGAGGCGUCAUCAGAGACGCUGACCAAGCGCCUUCUAGGCCGCGCGGCAAGCUCGGACCGUGCCGACGACAAUGAGGACACCAUCAAGCUGCGCCUCAAGACUUUCCUGGACAACAACGAGCAGGUCUUGUCGCAGUACCCGGACAAACUUAGAAGGAUAAACGCGGAGACGUCAGUGGACCAGAUCUUCGACGAGGUGCAGAAGAUCCUUGAUCCUAUCGUAGCGAAGGCGGCCGCAGCCAACUGAGCGAGCUUUGCUUUAGACAAUCUGUACAUAUUAAUGAUAAUUUUAACUAUUUAAUUAAAAUGUUUUUAUUCUGUUACUA